AUGGCUAGCGUAAUGCGAUUCGAAGACAGUGAUCUUCCUUCGGAAGAAAUGGAAUUCCAAGCGAAAUGGGGCAGAUUCGCCGACUGGUUGCACUGCAUUUGUGUUGUUACUUUCGACUUGGAGCUUGGGCAGGCGAUGGAGAGCGUCUACCCGCCUGGCGUGAAAUUGACAGAUCAAGAGAAGUGUAACAUUUGCUAUUUGGCGUUCCCGGACUCAAAUUCAGGAUGCAUGGGAGACACUCAGUUUCACGUACGUCUCCGUUCCCGCAGCCCCCUUAGCCCGCAACAAUUAACCUACAACGACGACGCGGUACCUACUCUGCGGGCGGAUUCCACGCAUUACUGGGGCUUCGUCCAUUUCAGACAGGUCAAGGACCCCUCGUUACCCCGAGGAUAUUUCCAGAAGAGUAUAAUAUUGCUUACAAGGUUACCAUUUAUCAAUUUGUUUUACAAAGUCAUUCAACUUAUUGCACCUAAGCAUUUUGAGGAUGGUUCUAGCAGUUUAGAGGCUGCCUGCCAUGACAUCAACAGGUGGCCAGCUCUGGAAUCUGGGCAGAAUGUGUUGUUACCUGUUUUGGGAACUGUCUAUCAGUCAUACAUACCUAAUCAGCAAACUGGUAAGAUUACAAGAUCAGAUAUUGCCAAACAUGUGCAGUCCAGUGUACCACACAUUCUAGCCUCUAUUCAAGAUGUCAAUGUAUUUGACGCUCUUUCCAGUUUGAUAUCCCAUCUACAUCUUUUAUGGGAGUUGGUAUUAACAGCAGAACCUAUAGUGGUGAUGGCCAGCUCACCAACAGAAUGCUCAGCCUUAGUCCAAGCAUUGACAUAUUUAAUCCAACCUCUUCCAUAUGCAGCUGAAUACAGGCCAUACUUCACAAUACACGACAGUGAGUUUAAAGAAUUUACUAGAAAGCAAUUCAACCCACCUUGCGUCAUUUUGGGUGUAACAAAUCCAUUCUUCACGAAAACAUUGCAACAUUGGCCGCACACUAUUAAACUGGGUGACUCUGCUACAAUUAAAAGUAAAUUACGUAAAGUUGGUAAUAUUAAGCUUUUGGACACUGCUCCUGGUGUUUACACUCAAUAUAAACCUUUUUUAGAGAAAGACAAGGCAAUUAUUAAAAAACUACACAAUGGCAUUCGCACAGAUCGGCCUUCUGAAGUACAAACAGCAAUGGUGAAACGACACUUGCUAGAGUUGACUCAAAGUUUCAUGAUUCCAUUAGAAAGGUAUAUGGCAUCACUAAUGCCUUUACAGAAGAACAUUUCCCCCUUCCGAGCUCCACCUAUCCCAAACCCGUUUAACCCAGAAGAUUUCUUUGCCACACUGCAGCAAGCAGGACCUCAUCUAACAACAGGUAUAAAAGGGGACUGGAUUGGUCUGUACAGAAACUUCUUUAAAACCCCUAACUUCAGUGCAUGGUUCCAUGAGAGACAUAGCAGUUUGACAAAUAAACUUCACGCAUUGCAAUUGGAGGCAUUAGCUGAGAGUGAUUUGAAGAAAUGGUCAGUUGGGAAGAAAGAAGUAGAGAUUGUGGAUAUGGUAUUGAAACUUCGAGAAGUUUUAAAAAGUAAUCCUCCAGUAGCGGAUAAUACUCGUACACUGCUAGCUAGACGUCUGGAGGAUUUGAAUUAUGUUUUGCCGGAAGAUAUGAAAUCAAUAUUAAAUGCUGCCACGUGACAUCAGAAUGGCUGCGCCUCAAAACUGAGAGGUUGCAGCAAAGACUGCAAAAUUCAGUUGAGAUUUGACUAUAAGUCUAUAGCUUGCGUUUAAUAUACUCAUUGAUUUGAACUGUAUGCAAUGUGAUUCAAGUUUUAGUAGCUUGUUAUUGUAUAUUUUAGUGUUUACUUAAUUUUGACUCUGUUUUGGGUAAUACUUACUAGAUUAGCAUAGCCAAAACAUCUUCAUAAAUAUCAUACUAGUGCCAUUAGGUCUAUAAUUAUGUUACAUAUUGCUCACUGCUGCUGUAUAUAUUUUUACCUCGCAAGGUUUCUUAUGAUAAAUUUUCAAGGUGACUUAUCAGUCUCCUUGCCUAAACAGAUAUGUCAAUGUAAUGUUUACAAAUGUUGUUUAUACAUUGAUAAUUUUUGUCAAGAAUGUUUUCACAGUUUCAUUGUGAUUGAAUACUAUUUGAACUUAUAUUGCUAAGUCAUUUUGGCAUAUUCUUCUCAUCUGCGGGCUUAGUAUAAGCAUGAAGACCAAAACAAUUGUCUUUAAAAUGGCGUCACACGUGCGUGCGUAACGAUAGCGCUUCUUAAUGCUAUUAAAAGCGUCAAACGGAAGAAAAUUGCUCUACUGUCAUUAGAUUUUUUCCCUUUUCACUCAUGCCAAGCCUGCUAGUGUUUUAUCUAUCUGUAGAUAUUUUUUUAAAAGCAUGUUUCACUCAAAGGUAUAGCUAUUUAUACCAUACAUAAUCUAUACAAUGUAUAAUGACAAACAUAUCUGAUUACCUAUGCAAAGCCUAUAACAUCCUUUAAUUUACUGAAACAAAAUAUUAUCAUAGCAACUAUUGUACAGUUUGUAUAGAUUCUAUUUCCUAUGAAUGGCAAGUCCAGUGUAAUAGUUAUUAUAUUGAGCCGACCCUUUAAUACCUAUAAUUUAGGUUUCAAUAUUGUCAUUACCCAGCAUACUGACAAGUGGGGCUCAAACCAUACUCUGAUAAGUGUGUAAAUAUUGUGACCAUUGAUUUAGAGUCUUCUUCUUUUAAAUGCCAUGGCUCCAUCGAAACAAACGAUGAUUUCGCCAAUGUCAAGUAAAAAUGACUAUGCGGUACUUCUACUUUAUAAUGUUACAACCCCAUCAAUACCAUAUCGGUAAACCCGCCAAUGCCAAGUUAAGAAGAGUCACUAAUAAACGUAAUUGAUCAAGCAGGUGAUUUAAAAUAAAUUGAGGAGCAUCACUUUUGGGCCGCCAUUGUUAAGAAGCAGCAAUAUAUCAAUGACUUUCUAGAGUACUUGGUACUUGGUGCAACGGGCUGGUAUCCGCAACUCGACGACAAAGCGCCUAUUUUGCGUAUGACUUUCUAGAGUAAUAAAUCUCAAAAAUACUAAAUUCAUUGGUAAGACAUUUGGACAAAUCUGAGAAAGGGGACAAAUGGUCAGUAUCAGUCCUAUUUUAUUUAACCAAUAGAAAUUGUCUUGUCAGUGUCUUGUUUCCAUAAAAAAUUAGAACAUUUAGUAUUCACUUGUGUGAUAAAGGUAAAUAAAAAAAUUACUUUGGAACUGUUGAAAUGCAGCGGUGUGGUACUUUUUAAACUCCACACACUAUAUUAACUAAUACCAUAGAUAGCUUUUUGCCAAUUGUAUCUAAAUUAUAAUGGUCAGUAAACUAUACAUAGGUAUAAUAUAAAGACGAAUGUAAGAAUAUGAUGUUAGAAGUGUUGUGUACUUUUGUUAAUAAUUUAAUAUGAUGAAUGGCUUAAUGAAGUUGCUAUGUUGUAUUUUGUGUUGCUUUACUCAUGCCUAAGUUAUAGUUGUUGUCACUAGAGGUUGUAUUGGAGCCAUGUAAAAAAUAUCCAACU